GGGCGGGCCGGCGUCUGAGGAAGAGGAAGGGGGACGAGGGCGACGAGGGACGGGGCGGCGGAGGACGCGGAGGAGGAGGAGGAGGAGGAGGAAGAGGAGGCCGAGCAACAAGAUGGCCCCUGCUGCAGGAGCGGCCUCGGCAGCAGCAGGUGGGAGGCCGGAGGCGGCGCUGGCGCUGGCGGCGGCGGCCGCGGCCCGCAGGCCCGGGACGGAGUCCGAGGCGACGGUGGCGGCGCUGGCGGCGGUGGCGGUGGCUGCCGCGGCGGUGGCGACGGCCGCGGGGACUCGGAGCUGAGAGGAGCUGCUGCUCGGACCGGCGCGGUUAUAUUUCACACUAUGUGCUGACUGUAUCUACAGAAGAUAUUUUAAAAAAAAAAAGAUAAACUUUUUUCAGAGAUUUUGAUUCCAGUGGAAUCUGCUUUAGAUUUGUGUGUGUGUGUGUGUUAGUCAGUUGUAACUCCAGAAGCAAUGCCUGUACAAGCCCCACAAUGGACGGAUUUCCUCUCCUGCCCAAUUUGCACUCAGACUUUCGACGAAACAAUUCGAAAGCCCAUCAGUUUGGGCUGUGGCCACACUGUGUGCAAGAUGUGCCUGAAUAAACUCCACCGCAAGGCUUGUCCAUUUGACCAGACCACUAUCAACACAGACAUUGAGCUGCUCCCUGUGAACUCGGCGCUGCUGCAGCUUGUGGGUGCUCAGGUCCCUGAACAACAGCCCGUUACUUUGUGUAGUGGGGUUGAAGAUACAAAGCAUUAUGAAGAAGCCAAGAAAUGUGUGGAAGAGUUAGCAUUGUACCUGAAACCACUCAGCAGUGCUAGAGGAGUAGGUUUGAACAGCACUACUCAGAGUGUCCUGAGCCGCCCGAUGCAGAGGAAGCUGGUGACACUGGUGCACUGCCAGCUCGUGGAAGAGGAGGGCCGGAUCCGGGCCAUGAGGGCAGCGCGCUCUCUGGGGGAGCGCACGGUCACGGAGCUCAUCCUGCAGCACCAGAACCCUCAGCAGCUCUCUUCCAAUCUCUGGGCAGCAGUGAGGGCCAGAGGUUGCCAGUUCCUCGGGCCAGCAAUGCAGGAAGAAGCUCUAAAACUGGUUCUGCUGGCCUUGGAAGAUGGUUCUGCCUUGUCAAGGAAAGUGUUGGUUCUCUUUGUGGUGCAGAGGUUGGAGCCCCGGUUUCCUCAAGCAUCGAAAACUAGCAUCGGACAUGUCGUUCAGCUCCUUUACAGGGCCUCCUGCUUCAAGGUCACAAAACGUGAUGAAGAUUCUUCCUUGAUGCAACUGAAAGAAGAAUUUAGAACUUACGAAGCUCUUCGUCGAGAACACGACUCCCAGAUAGUACAGAUUGCUAUGGAAGCAGGUUUACGAAUUGCACCAGACCAGUGGUCCUCUUUGCUGUAUGGAGACCAGUCCCACAAAUCUCACAUGCAGUCCAUUAUUGACAAGUUGCAGACCCCAGCCUCUUUUGCACAGAGUGUUCAGGAACUGACAAUUGCUCUGCAGCGGACUGGAGACCCAGCAAACCUGAACCGGCUGAGACCCCAUUUGGAGCUGCUGGCCAACAUUGACCCUAGUCCAGAUGCUCCUCCUCCAACUUGGGAACAACUAGAAAAUGGGCUGGUCGCUGUACGUACAGUGGUACACGGGCUGGUGGAUUAUAUUCAGAACCACAGCAAGAAAGGGGCAGAUCAGCAGCAGGCUCCACAGCAUAGCAAAUAUAAAACCUACAUGUGUCGCGACAUGAAGCAGAGAGGAGGAUGCCCUCGUGGCGCCAGCUGCACCUUCGCGCACUCCCAGGAGGAGCUGGAAAAAUUUCGGAAGAUGAACAAGCGUCUGGCUCCGCGGAGGCCACUGAGUGCCUCCUUGGGUCAGCUGAAUGAGGUGGGCCUGCCUUCAGCAGCUAUCCUUCCGGAUGAAACUGCAGUGGAGCUGCCCGACAGGAAACCACCUGCUCUGCCAAAUGGAAUCGUCUCGGCAGGCGGUUCUGCAACACAGCUGAUUCCUCGCGGGACAGACCCCAGCUACGACGCCGGCCUCAAGCCGGGCAAGCUGGAUCAUCUGAGCAGCAGCGCUCCCGGGUCCCCUCCCGACCUGUUAGAGUCUGUCCCUAAGAGUAUUUCUGCCUUGCCUGUGAAUCCACAUCCCGUACCACCAAGGGGACCAGCAGACCUGCCUCCUAUGCCUGUCACCAAACCGCUGCAGAUGGUCCCGCGCGGCUCUCAGCUGUACCCAGCCCAGCAGGCAGAUGUAUACUAUCAGGACCCUCGAGGGGCUGCGCCGACGUUUGAACCAGCGCCUUACCAGCAGGGAGUGUACUACACUGCACCACCACCGUGUGUGUCCCGCUUUGUCCGCCCUGCACCGUCCGCUCCGGAGCCCGGCCCUCCCUGCUUGGACCACUAUCCAGCCUACCUUCAGGACCGCGUCGUGAGCUCUCAGUAUGGCACACAGCCACAGCAGUACCCGCCCGUGUACCCACCUCACUAUGAUGGCCGUCGCGUAUACCCUGCUCAGUCUUAUACAAGAGAAGAAAUUUUCCGGGAAAGCCCUAUUCCCAUUGAGGUUCCUCCUGCACCAGUGCCAUCCUAUGUGCCAGAAUCCAGAGAGAGAUACCAGCAGAUGGAGGGUUACUAUCCAGUGGCUCCUCAUCCCUCUCAGAUCAGAGCUCCGUACCCCAGAGUAUGCUGGGAGCCUCCUUAUAGCCGACUUCCUCCCCCUCCCCAGCCCCAUCCCAGUCUAGAUGAGCUGCAUCGCCGCCGGAAGGAAAUCAUGGCCCAGCUCGAAGAAAGAAAGGUCAUCUCCCCACCUCCUUUUGCUCCUUCACCAACAUUGCCUCCUGCCUUUCAUCAAGAGGAAUUUCUGGAUGAAGACUUGAAGGCGGCUGGGAAAUAUAAAGGAAAUGACUACAGCCAGUAUUCUCCCUGGUCAUGUGAUACCAUCGGCUCCUACAUCGGAACCAAAGACGCAAAACCCAAAGAUGCUGUGGCAGCAGGAAGCAUGGAAAUGAUGAACAUGGAGGGCAAAGGCGUGCGAGACCCACGGUUAGACCCGCAGCGGAGGGCAGCCGAGGCCAGUGACGACGACCUGAUUCCGUUUGGAGACCGGCCAACAGUCUCUCGGUUUGGUGCCAUCUCUCGGACUUCUAAAACAAUUUAUCAGGGUGCUGGCCCGAUGCAGGCUAUGGUGCCUGCAGGAGCUCCCACCAAAUCUCUUGGCAUUUCAGAUUACAGUCCGUACGGAAGUCACGCUGCCUGGGGAGGUUCUCCGUAUUCACCUCAUCAAAACAUGCCUUCUCAGGGACACUUCGGUGAGAGGGAAAGAAUACCCAUGUCAGAAGUGGGCGGCCACGGAAAGCCUCUGCCGUGUGCAGACAGAGAGCAGCUGCGCCUGGAGCUGCAGCAGCUGAACCACCAGAUCAGCCAGCAGAGCCAGCUGCGGGGACUAGAGGCUGUUAGUAACAGGCUACUGUUGCAGAGGGAGGCCAGUACCCUGGCAGGCCAGCCACAGCCCCCGCCACCGCCUCCCAAAUGGCCUGGAAUGAUCUCCAGUGAGCAGCUGAGCUUGGAGCUCCACCAUGUGGAAAGGGAGAUCGGGAAGAGAACCCGCGAGCUGAGCAUGGUGCACUCUGGGAGGCAGCAGGGGACAGCUGCAGCGCGUUGGCUCCUGUGAUCCAGCAGAUGGAAGAUCUCCCUACCUGUUAUCUUUGUUUUGGUUUUUAGUAUUUACUUAUUUUACUUGGAAAGUCGGAGUUAUGGAGAGGGAAGGAGACACCAAGAGGGAUCUUCCAUUCGCUGGAAACGCUGCGAUAACCAUGGCUGAGCUUAUGCAGCCUGCGAGCCAGGAGCUUCCUUGGGAACUCCCACCUGGUUCAGCGACACCAGCUCACGGGCCAUCCUACCUAGUUUUCCCAGGACAUAAGAAGGAGCUUGAUCAGGAAGCGGAGCAGCCAGGACAUGAACUGGCACGCAUAUGGGAUGCCACUGCCAACAGGCUGAGGGUUAACCUUUGAUACUACUGUACCAGCCCCACUCUACCUUUCAAAUAAAUGAAAUUUUAAAAAUUUAUUCACCAAGUAACAUUCUAUGUUUAAUAGCCUUUAAAUUGUUAGUGACAUUUUUGUUAUGAGAUGCAGUCCUAUGCAACUACAUCAAUGGAUGCCACUUGCUAUUGGAUAUUGGAUAGUGUACUAACAUUGAUUGCAGGAUAAUUUGCAUAUUAGCAGAGUCAAACAUUCCCUUAACUUACAUAAAAUUUGAUCUUUUUCUGCUACGUAACUUUCACAUUUUUCUUACACAGAUAAUUGGUGAUGUAG